AAACAAAGGCAAUGAAAUUCAAGGCAAUUGUCAAGUACUCCUAUGAAGCUAAACAUAAGGAUGAACUUACACAGACUAAAGGAGAUACUAAAAAUAGUCUAGAUAAAGAUUUAAAAGAAAGUGGAUGUUGGAAGGGGGAGUUAAAUGGUCAAAUAUGUGUCUUUCAAGAUAACUAUGUAGAAAUCAUCAAAGAAGAGCCUUAUCCAAAGAUGCCAUCACCACCUACAGAAGAUUCUGAAACCAAACCACAGUCCAAACUACCAGACAAAUUCCCAGCAGAUACAGAACAAUCCAAACCAGGUCCUUUGAAAGAAACAAAGGCAAUGAAAUUCAAGGCAAUUGUCAAGUACUCCUAUGAAGCUAAACAUAAGGAUGAACUUACACAGACUAAAGGAGAUACUAAAAAUAGUCUAGAUAAAGAUUUAGAAGAAAGUGGAUGUUGGAAGGGGGAGUUAAAUGGUCAAAUAUGUGUCUUUCAAGAUAACUAUGUAGAAAUCAUCAAAGAAGAGCCUUAUCCAAAGAUGCCACCACCACCUACAAAAGCCUCUGAAACCAAACCACGGUCCAAACUACCAGACAAAAUCCCAGCAGAUACAGAACAAUCCGAACCAGGACCUGUGAAAGAAACAAAGGCAAUGAAAUUCAAGGCAAUUGUCAAGUACUCCUAUGAAGCUAAACAUAAGGAUGAACUUACACAGACUAAAGGAGAUACUAAAAAUAGUCUAGAUAAAGAUUUAAAAGAAAGUGGAUGUUGGAAGGGGGAGUUAAAUGGUCAAAUAUGUGUCUUUCAAGAUAACUAUGUAGAAAUCAUCAAAGAAGAGCCUUAUCCAAAGAUGUCACCACCACCUACAGAAGAUUCUGAAACCAAACCACAGUCCAAACUAGCAGACAAAAUCCCAGCAGAUACAGAACAAUCCAAACCAGGUCCUUUGAAAGUAUAUGAUAAGGGUUCAUUUUACGGGCGGAUUCUGGGUGGAAAUGGCACGGAAUUUGUCAAGAAAUAUGUAAAUGAGCAGGAAAAAAUUCUGUGCGGAAUUUUGAACCGAAUUUUAGGCACGGAAUAUUUGGCACAUAAUUCUUGGCACGGAAUUCCUGGCACGGAUUCUGGACGGAAAUGGCACAGAAUUUAG